AUGGUGGAUCCUAAAGUGCACAGCUAUAGCUUGAACCUGAGUGAGAGCGAGGAAAGUGCCGAUAGCUCCGAUUUUGGUUCCGCCAGAGAGCACUCGGGCUCCAGCGGUUCUGAAGGUUCUGCUGCUACUUCAGCUCGCGGCAAGGUGCACAGAAGUCGCUCGCGCACUCGCCGAUCAUCGGGUAAAAGGGCCAUGGAGAUGAGCGGCUCACAAAGAAACCACGCUUCAAAGAUUUCUAUACCCAUUGAGGACGAAUCUUCCAGUGCUUCCCAUUCCCCAUCUCGAGUCAGUUCAAGCUCCCAGUCUAGCUCGGAGGGAGAAGCAACACAGUCAUCGACCAAGUCACCAGCCAAGCUCAAGUCAUUUUCAGACAAUCAUGUUGCUACGUCGGACUCGGAGGAUGAAUCAAUGGAGUCAUCGUCAGAAGCAAUUCCCAAGAAAGAGUCAAAUCCUGAUACAUAUGUAUAUAGUGCCUCGAGCUCGGAAGAUGAAGAAAUGCAAUCAUCUUACCAACCAACCUCAAAGGGAAAGCCCAAUUCCGGUACAAACACUGGGACUUCGUCAUCAGAGGACGAAACGAUGCAGUCAUUGGCCAAGCCAACUCCCAAGGGAAAGUCGAUUCCCGAUACUGACGAUGAAGCUUCGAGUUCGGAGGAUGAACAGAGACAAGGAUCUCCAAAGCCGACUUCCAAGGGAAAGUCGAUUCCCGAUACGAACGCUGAAACUUUGAGUUCAGAGGAUGAACAGAUGCAAGCAUCGCCGAAACCGACAUCCAAGAAAAAGUCAAUUCCCGAUACUAACGCUAAAACUUCGAGUUCGGAGGAUGAACCUAUAAAAACAUCGCCCAAACCGACUUCCAAGGGCAAGUCUAUUCCCGAUACUGACGAUGAAGCUUCGAGUUCGGAGGAUGAACCGAUGCAAGCAUCGCCGAAACCGACAUCCAAGGAAAAGUCAACUCCCGAUACUAACGAUGAAACUUCGAAUUCAGAGGAUGAACCGAUGCAGGCAUCGCCGACAUCAAUAUCCAAGGAAAAAUCACGUUCUGGUCAGAACACUGAUACCUCUGAUUCUGAGGACGAAUCGGGUGGAAAAAAUAUAUCUAAAUUAAGUGAACUAAUCGGACUGGAAGAUAUCUCUUCCGCCUCCAUUUCCGAUGAUGAUAAUAAUGAUAAUGAACGCGUGCUAUCCAAGCUAUCGGAUAUUCGAUUCGACAACGAUUCAGGAAAUUCUCACAUGAAGAAUCCCGAAACUGUUGAAGAUCAGCAAAGAAAGGUAUUGGGAGACAAGUUGACUGUCAAGUUCAAGACCACCCUGCCGGAAGUUGGAGCUGGGCUGAUCGGAGGUCCAUUGCAAUUUCUCAGAGUUCCUCAGUUCAUACCCGUUGAGUCUGGGGCCUUCGAAGCUGAAACCUUUAAAAACAGCAUGACGCCAGAUGAUCUGAAGGACGAGCAAGCCCGUGGGGAUUUCCUGAAUCGCCUGAAGACAACAGUGCGUUGGAGAGAGAACCAAGACCAGGUCAGGGAAUCGAAUGCUCGGAUUGUGCGCUGGUCCGAUGGCUCCGAGACCUUUCAUGUGGGCUCCGAGGUCUUCGAUGUGAUGCACCAUAAGGUGAUCGAUGACAAAAACCACUUGUAUGUCCGCCUGGAGAGCUGCUACCAAGCCCAGGGAUCCAUCACCGACAAGAUGACUCUGCGGCCGAAGCUGGACUCCACCUUUGGUCAGAACCAUGUGCAGGGCCUGCGAAAUAGAGCUAUGAAUAAGCCACAGACGGGCGUUGUUAAGGUGCUCUCGGAUUUGGUCGCCAAUCCUGCAACAGAUCGAGAUCGUCGGGCCAAGGAGGAGAUAGCCAAUCUCCGCAGGGAGGAGCGAGAAAAGCGGCGUGAGAUUCAGAUGAGCAUGAGAAAACCGCGUGUAAAGCCCAUGCCUCAUUGCACGGCAGAUGAUUCGGACCCGGAGCAGCCAACCGGCGAUCAAGAGGGUCUGGAAAGCGGAACUGCCCAAUCUCUCUGCGCCUCCUCGACCUGGGGCAGUAACACCCAAGGCAUACGCACCAACCGUAACAUGGCCGUGAAUCUCGGGAGAUCAGAGUCGACUGACGAGGACGACGACGAAGAAGACGGUUACGACAGCGAUGUGAACGACAUAAUAAACGAUGACGAUCUCGAUGAGCCGAGCACCAGCACCUCCAAGUCGAAGAUGGCACCUCCAAGCCGCCGCAGCUCGAAGUCGGACUCCGACGAGGGUCCCAAGUCGCGCAUCGCUAACCGAAAGACCAAGCGGCUGAUUUACUCCGAUUCGGACUCGAACUAA